AUGGCAAGCCACACGAAGUCGGAAGACGAUAGCAAAGCGAAGCUUGAGCCAGGGAUGGAGGAACCUUGCGGCGAUGAUCCACUAAGAGCUCUUGGUCCUUCGCCGCCGUUUCAUCACUUAUGCCGCGUACUAGAUGAGUUGUCUUCUCCGAAAAAACCUACAGAACUCUCUAAGCUUCGUCAAAAAUGUUUGGCCGCACUUUUCCAGAAUUGGCGCAAGAUCUGCGGAAACGACUUGUAUCCAUGCAUCCGACUACUUAUACCACAGUCUGAUAGAGGACGACCAAUGUACUCUUUGAAAGAAUUCAGGUUGGGGCAGUUGUAUUGUGGCGCUUUAGGCUUGGACAAGAAAACGUCAUCGGUCGCAAAACGUCUCUUGAAUUGGAAAAGUGAACAGACUGAUGAGAACAACAAAGAGUCUUCAGUUGGUGAUUUUACAAAGGUGCUCUAUACGGAGAUCGACAACCGAUCCACUGUCGAUAAAACCCUCCUCUCGAUUGACGAUAUUAACAACCAGUUGGAUUCAUUAGCCGCGACGACUUCAGAGGCGAAGAGACUUGAAAUAGUAAAAGUUUGGCUCGAGCAUAUUACCCCCAAAGAUCAUAUGUGGCUGAUCAGAAUCAUUCUUCAAGAUCUCAGAGUAGGGCUGACCGAACUCAACGUUCUGAGAUCUUUUCAUCCUGAUGCACUUGAUUUAUUCAACAUCUGUACGGACCUUAAGACUGUCUGUCAAACGCUUCAUUCCCCCAAGAUUCCUCUGAAAGACAGAGAAGCUGGUCUGAAGACUUUCAAAGUGUUCAAACCGAUGCUUUCCAAAAGGAGCACGAAAGAUCUACCAGAUAUCGUCAAGUUGAUGCUGUCAGGAAAGCACAACGAGUUUUUGAUCGAAGAGAAGAUGGAUGGCGAACGAAUACAACUCCACAAGAGGGGAGAGCAAUACCAAUAUUGGUCGAGGAAAGGUACAGAUUAUACGGCUUUGUACGGAGCCAAUCCGACAAGUGGCUGCCUGACGCGUUACAUUCAUGGUGCUUUCAAACCAGGGGUCGACGAUGUUAUACUGGACGGCGAAAUGUUGGUGUGGGAUCCGAAAAAGGAAAGAAUUCUCCCCUUUGGGAGUUUGAAGUCUUUAAAGUCGUCUUCUACUGACCCGUUGCAACCACGCGCCUUGUUCAAGGUGUUUGAUAUAUUGUACCUCAAAGGAAAAGGCAAAGCUGAGGGUACGAGCUUUAUCAACAAGCCUUUAUCAGAAAGACGAAAGGUGAUGGAAAGUGGAAGGGUCUUUGUGGAGGUCGAAACCUCAUUGGAGUUUUGCUAUUCCGUACGAGGUAAAGAUACACAGGACAUCAAGGCGAGCUUUGAGAAAAUUUUGGAAGAAAGCGGCGAAGGAUUAAUUAUUAAGAAACUCGAUUCCAGAUAUCAGGUCAACGCCCGGACGGAUGAUUGGUACAAAGUUAAGCCAGAUUAUAUGGAUGAAUUAGGGGAAACUUUUGAAGUUUUGGCAGUUGGGGGAUUCUGGGGCCGAGGAAAGAAGGGAGGGACGUUUGGAAGUUUCCUCGUCGCAUUAAUUGACAAUGAGAAUUCCGAUCCGUCGCAAGGGAUUUUCCGGUAUAAAACCCUUUGUCGCGUAGGAUCAGGUCUCACUGUUGGCGAGUCGACGCAGAUCAUGACCAAACUUGAAGGAAAGUGGUUUAAAUGGGAUAAGAAGGGGUCAGGACGCAACCCUGAUUGGUUGGACAUCGGAAAAGGCUCGGGGCAGGCUCCAGAAGUUUGGUGGCACCGGGAAGAUUCAUUUUUGCUUACAAUCAAAGGUACAGAAAUCAUCACUUCUUAUGCACAUGGGUGUCAAUUCUCCAUCCGGUUCCCCAGAUCUAUUCGGUUCGAUCCAGAGAGAGAGAUUGGGGAUUGUAUGUCUUAUGAAGACCUUUUGGGCAUUGCCAACAAGUCGCAGGACAAAAACAAGCUCGGCGAUAAUCUUAGUGGCCAUGUGAGAAAAAGAAAGCGAGAACAGCUAUCUCAACCGACAUCUUCACUCAUGCCUUUGAAGCGCAGCGAUUCCCACAAGGUCUUUUAUGGGGCAAUAUUUUGGGUACUACAAGGUCUCGAAGACGCAGCCGAAAGUAAAAGUGCUCUGGAGGUAAUGCUGAAUCGCAAUGGAGGGAAGAUCGUUCACACCAUUCCUCGACCAGCGCCUGAUCGAGAGCAUUUUUGCAUCACCCGGAGAGCUGAUUUUUGGGAUGCCGAAAAAGCAAUUCGACAUGGCCUGCAAUUGAUCCACCCACAGUGGGUCCUUGAUUCAAUAGAGGCAGGCUAUAGGAUUAGUCUCACAGCACCCAAAUACGUCGUCGACAUGGCACAAAAUCUAGAUGAUAAUAUUUUAUCGGAGCAAACCAGUGUCGCGACGGUCGUAAAGGAAGAAAAUGACUCGGAGGGCUGUGGGGAUUCGGCUGACGCGCAGUCAGAUGCAACGACUGUCGGCGAAGAUUUUCAGUCAGAAGGUAGUGCCACCGAAGAUGAAGUCAGUGACCACGAUCUCCGAGAAGACUCGCCUCAAUUCUCCCAGGCAAUGGUCGAUUCAUCCGCUUCUGUAUCAGGAAAGCCUCCAGGUUGUCAAGUUGUAUCGUCGCCAAAGGAGCAAUUGGCAACUGAACUGGAUUCGGAAGUAAAGGGGGAAGGCGGAAAAGGAAUAUUUUAUCCGCUUGUAUUUUACCUGGAUAAUAAGCCGAUAGUUCAUCGUUUACAAAGCUCAAUCGUUACUGAUCACACGGUUUUAGAUGGCGGGGAUCGUGAAUCUAGCAAAUUAUUUGCUGAAAUUGCUGGAUUGAUUAAAGCAAAUGGCGGUCGAAUCGUGUCGGACGUGAGCGAUCCAGAGACAACACAUAUCAUUUGUAGUCAGACAGAUACCUCCAGAUGUGUUGAUUUCAUUAGGAUGGAUAAGGAUCGCCCGAAGAGACGCAGAUUAGUUCUGGCGGAGUGGGUGAUUGAUUCGGUCGAGGGGGAUUCUUGCUUAUACGAAGCUGAUUAUUUACCAUGA